AUGUUCCUUCCCCCCAGGCGCGUCCGAUCUGCGGUGCAUCAGUUUCUGCUGCAAGAAAUCGUUCCGCAAUUCGAUGAGCUGGGCGGCGAUCUGCUGCCACUGGCGUCAACGUCGGCCUCACAGGAAGCAGAGGAUCCCAAGAUCAACAUGGAUUUGGGGGACAGGUUGGUGAUCUACAAACCCCCCGGUUGGGAAGUGGACACCACGAUCUCCCCGGGUCCCAGCUCCGGCCGUUUGCUGUCCGCCUUUCUCCGUGAUGUGCUGCCCCUGGGCUCCCUGGGCGCAUCGCAUCAGUUUGGAUUUCUCCAUCGCUUGGACCUACCCAGUUCUGGACUGAUCUUAGUGGCCAAGAGCCAUCAGGCAUUUUACGAUCUUCAGUUGCAGCUGUCCACUGGCACGUUGCAACGGGACUACAUGGUGUUGUGCCACGGUUGGGUUUCAAAACAACGCCAUGAGAUUCGAGCAAAAGUGCAUUGGUGGAAAGUGCUUGGACUUUCAAAUGUUCCCAGUGCAGUUCUUCGUUCCGGCCGUGCGUCCGUCACCUUCCUGCAGCGGCUCCAACGCACGCAGCUGGCGUUUUCCAGCGCUUGCAGCUUGCUGGCCAUCCGUAUCGGCACCGGACGACGGCAUCAGAUUCGACUCCAUACGGCCCAUGUGGGACAUCCAGUGGUCGCAGAUAGCCAAUAUGCUGCCAAAGAAGUGUACAGAAUGGACACCAGAUGGUGUCCGCGAAAUUUUCUACAUCGAUUUUCCCUCACUUUUUUGGGUCAGGGCCAUGAAAGCACCACUGUCUUAGAGGUUUUACCUAUGGAUUUACGGCAGGUCCUAUGGACGGCGACCUGGAGAGAUGUGGAACUGGAACUGGACAGUCCGCUUGGGACGGCGCCAGAAAAGGGUCAUCCCCUCCGGGAUCCAUCUGGAUCCUGUUUUUGUGGAACAUCACUGAAAUAUGCUGGUUUUCUGGCAUGGGGCUACCCCUAG